GACACGACUUGUAAGCAUUGCUCCCCAAAUCGUUUUCCACGCAACAAACUCUCUCCUCUCACCAAAUUCCCCAUUUCCGUCUGUCUUCUUCCUUUCUCUCUGUUUUCUACUAAAAUUUGUGCUCAUAGCCAACCUCGAAUUCGCAUCUCUUGAAUGGUAGAAACCGACUCGAAUUUCAUGCUUUCUCCUUCACCCAAUCCUUCCUCCUCUGCUGCGCGUACGCAACCGGCGCAUCAUUCGAUUCUCUUCCUCCUCCUAUCUUCCUCCUCCUUCGGUUCCUCCAAACAAGCCUGGUACUACCGCUGCCUUGGCGUCGACCCCUGAGCCCGCCCCCAUCCUCUCUCUCUCUCUAAAACCCAAUUGUUAUCCUCUCGUUUUAAAGCCUUUUUAGUUUAAUUUUCGAUCUAGAGGAAGGGAAGGAAAAAAAAAACCCAAAAAGAAAGUGCAAUUACGUACAGAGGAAGUUAAGAAAUGAAUAGAAGCGUAUCCGAGAAAAUGUUGGCGCAGAAGGAGAAGGAGAAGGAGAAGAAGAAGGGCGUGGAGAAGCAGAGUUCGAAGAAGAAUCGGUUCUUGAUUACGGUCAACGUUCUGGGAAGCGCCGGGCCGAUAAGAUUUGUGGUGAACGAGGAAGACAAUGUGAAGGGGGUGAUCGACACGGCUCUGAAAAUGUAUGCUCGUGAAGGGAGGCUUCCUAUUCUUGGUUCUGAUGUCAGUAACUUCCUCCUUUAUCCAGCCAAUGCAGGAUCCGACGCUCUGGGUCCAUCCGAUUCGAUUGGAUCGACUGGAGGAAGGAAUUUCAUGCUGUGCAAGAAGCAGAAGCACCCAAAUAUGACAGAAGGAAGGUCAGAGAUGAUUGAGAAGGGAAGUGGAAGCAGUUGGAAGACAUGGCUCAAUAAGUCCUUUAACUUCAAAGUCGCAUCGCAUUGAAGUUAUGCUUAAUAUUGAAAAAUGUCAAAUUGAUCCGCUUGUGUUUCAUAGACCGGUAAAGCGGUCAAGCUAUCUGCGACUCUCUGUUUGAUUUAUCGUACUUGGACUUAUAUAUUAUGAUCUUUCGUAUCUGUUAUAGUGAUCUUGUAUGAACUUGUAUUUGAUCUUUUCUUUGUAUGAUACUAUGAAACAUUCCAAGCCAUCAACAGGUGUAUAACGAAAAGAGUUUGUCUUACAUAAUUUGCAGUUUUUUGCCCAAUAAAAUGCUUUUAGUUGACGAAA